CUUACUGAGAUCCGGACCCACGGAAUUACAUUUUGUCCCUUGGCACUGUGGCCUAGCUGGACUGGAUCCAGUGGCGAUUGUGUUUACUACCUGGCUCAUCUGCUUGAUCCGCAUGAAGCAAAUCCCAACUCAUGCGAAGAGGCAUCUUCGACCACCUCGGCUGCCUCACGUGGCGGUGGUCUGGAGAUUAUUCGGUUUCCUGAGAAUGUGAUCUCGGGUCACCUUGAGACAGGCCCCUUCUCUCAGACAGGCGAUUCCAACAUUUUUGGCAUGUGCAUGUUCCUUCAAGGUCUACCCUGGUCACCACAAUCAGUCGAUGUUUCUAGCGUCUCUGGUGGUCGUGGCAGGCGAGCCUUCCUCCUGGCCGCCUUCGAGAACGGCAGUCUUCUUCUGCUGGCAACCGAUGGUGCCAUACUGGCUCGGCUAGAUCAGGUCCUCGGACCAGGGCAUCCGAUCCUCUGCUUGGCGAUCCAACCGCAUCGGCCAGGCAUUCGACAUUGUUUAGUGGCUGUGGCGGGUCCACGGGUUGAGCUGGAAAGCGGUCAAGUGCCGGUGGACGCUGAUGCGGCCCCCAGCCAAACCAGUGUCUCAAGUCUGACGUUCAUUGGCCUUAUGGUUGGGCAACUUGGCGAUAGAGCAAAUGGAGGCGAUCUGCUCGUCCCGGCCCGCGUCGGGCGGAAGAAGUUGGCACGUUGGACCGAAGGCUGGGCCAGAGGCACCGGAAUUGCCUGCUUGGCGUGGCGGCAAGACGGCCGGCUCCUGUUGGCCGGCCUCUGGGACGGGACUGCAGCCUUAAUGCUGGACACACUCUCUGAUGAUGAGGUCUCACCACCAGACGCACUGUCGGGUCUUAAGGACAAAGCAGACCUCAGCUACACUUCCGUCACCCGUGCUUCCACCCUCGACGCCACGGGAGAAGGGAGAUUGGCCUCCUGGUGGUCAUCCGAUAGGAUCAGGUUGCUUGGUCAUCUUGCGGCGCCCGGACGAGGCUCCUUUGAGCCGGUAUUCACUGCUGGCCCUCGUGGAGGCGCUGGGGGUUGUUUGUUGGGCGAGUGGGCUUCAACGACCGCCCUGGCUGCCUGGCGCUCGGCGAGCAGCAGUUCGGAGGGAGGCAAGGGCGGUUUUAAGGAUAUUAUAUCUCGAUCCGUCCGAGCCAGUAUUUUCACGCUCGGCCACAGGUGGCUGGUUACUGCGGCUCCCGCGGUUUCAACUGGUGGUCAGGGCGGUCUCUUCGUCUGGGACGUCUAUCGCAAGCGGGAGACUGUGUCUGCGCGGUGA